AUGAACCGAGAAGACAGAAAAGUACGAAAUCGCCUGUCACAAAAAGCUUUUCGAGCUCGACAGGCGAUGCGAAUCAAGGAACUCGAGCAACGCCUCGAGAAUCUCCCAGAGUCAGAGAGCGAGCGUGUCUCCAAACUGGAGGAGCAGAACACUCUUCUUCGUCAGCGCUUGUUCGACAAUCACAAGAAGAUGGAGAGCCUUCAGGUAUCUCUCAAAGCUCUCAUCGACUCUACGGCCAAAUAUCUUGAUCUGAUGGAAGCUUCACCCGCAAAAGAUAUUCCUCUUCCGAUGCCACAAGAGGGUAGCGGCUCUCAUGAUGCGCCUUACCCUCUCGUCGGGAUGCCAAGUCCGGCAGCUGCAGCACACAUUGGUUGCGAGAAUAUGUUUGACUUCGAUACCACCUUUCCUCCGAGUCAAGUAAUUGAUACAGACUGGCUUGACAUUCCGUCGUACGCUUAUGGAAAUUCGAUCCAGUCUCAGAAAGAGUCAAAUACUCUUACUGGUAUGCCACCAAAUGAAAAAUCCCCGGUCCUACUUGCAAAUGGGAAAUGUGCGCCAUCCAACGAGACCAACCUGGGCGAUCCGGUUUCUCAACUUCCCUUGUCUUUCACCUUGAGACGGUUUGGCCCGACGUCAUAUGCAGUGGCGUCUCAAACAGGCCCGAUUUUGUUCAACGGGCCUCAGGGUCAGUUACAUUCCACAAGUUCAAUGCUGUCAAAUCACAUCAGCUCCAUGGAGUAUUUCCUGAAGCUGAACAUGUCUACAUGUCACCCUCCACAACUUGAUGAUCAUCUUACAGCCGCAGUAUCUCUCAUAUUCUCGACUUUUGUCACCAUGUCGUGGCAGACCAUGACUGCGUGGCAUGCUUACUUGAAAGUACAGCCUGAUCUGACUAGUCUCAUGGAAUGGCGAGUAAACCCCAGCCCGCAAAGUCUGUGCAAGGUGCCACCUUACUAUCGACCAACAAAAUUGCAGCUUUCUGUCUCAUAUCCUGCAGUUAUCGAUUGGAUGCCGUGGCCUUCAAUCCGCGACGCACUAAUCACAUACCACUCCGCGAACCCUAGAUUGGACGAUCUCAUUUUUGAAAUAGCGUCAAGCUAUGUUAUGGAGAUCGAUUUGUCCAAGUUGGUCUCAGGCUUCUCGUCGACUCCUGGCUAUGUGUCGGUUUGGGACCUGGUACAGGCAAUGUCGCCGGAAACAACAUGCCCCAAUUUACCUUCUGCCACACGGUUUUCGAGAUGGGCCUGUUCGGCUCAAGACGCUAUAGCGACUGACAAAUCUUUCAGUGACCCCUAUAAUGAACAUAUAAAUGAGGGAACCCAACACAAAUCCUCCCUCCCAGCUUCCAACACCAGCGUUCUCUUCCAGUCAAAAACACUCGCUUUACAGGCUUUCAAGCUGUUGGGGAUGGACAAUGGACCCCAUCGAUUCCGACUUGGGCCUGACUUCUUUGAAAAAUACCCAGAGCUCUAUGACCCGAAUGCGAACAUCAUGGCAUCUGGUGUGUUCCUUCACCCUGACAGGCGCUGGUCUCUGUCCCAUCCCCAGCCAUUGGAUGCUAGCAUGCUGGCUCGAUAUCGAGAAGUCACAUCGUGGACUUUGGGUCAAUACCCACAGACCUUUCCUCUGCCGGAGGUAAACUGCCUUGGGUAA